AUGGAGGAAUUAGGCUUUUGGGCCGCGUACGUUCCCUGCGAGUCCCAGUAUAAAGACGCCGUACAGCUAACUCUGGAACAGAUCGAUGUCAUCAGGAGACUCACCGAGCAAUAUCAUCCCCGAUUAACUUUGUGCACAUCGUCGGAAGACAUUAAGGACGCAUACAAAAGGCAUCAACUUUGCUCGCUUAUUGGAGUCGAGGGCGGACAUUCUUUAGCCGGGAGCUUAGCCGUCCUGAGGACGCUCUAUCAUGUCGGCGUGAGAUAUCUCACCCUGACGUCGACGUGCAACACUCCUUGGGCCGAUUGUUCUCACGAAGAUAUGCCCGGGAAAAAACCGGAGCACGGCGGUCUAACCAGCUUCGGGAAGAGCGUCAUUAAGGAAAUGAACCGCCUGGGCAUGAUCGUGGACCUCUCCCACGUGUCCGUCAACACCAUGAGGGACGCGAUGGAGGUGUCCAAGGCACCCGUGAUCUUCAGCCAUUCAUCCGCCCACGCGCUGUGCAAUUCCACGAGGAACGUGCCCGACGAGACCCUCAGGAAGCUGGCGCUCAACAAAGGAGUCAUCAUGGUCAACUUCUACCCGCCGUUCCUCACUUGCAAGGAAGUUUCCACGAUCGCAGACGCUGUGGCCCACAUAAAUCAUAUAAGGGAAGUGGCUGGCGUAGAUAGUGUGGGCCUGGGCGCUGGCUACGAUGGGAUUAACUACGUCCCUCAAGGGCUGGAGGACGUCUCCUCCUACCCGGCUCUGUUUGCCGAAUUAAUUGGCACGGGCAAGUGGAGCGUAGACGACCUGAAAAAAUUGGCCGGCCUGAAUUUCCUCAGGGUGUUCCAGGAGGCCGAGCGGAUCCGGGACGAGUUCAAGAAGGCCAACGUGCCGCCCUACGAGGACGUCAUGACGCCGAGGAUGCAGAGCAACUGCACCUCCACCAAGCAGGGCAACUUCUGA